AUGAGAUUAACAACAAGAUUAAUGCUGACCGCAAAGAAAGAAUUGAAAGAAUGGUUGGUUGUAAUUUACGACAAACCAAAUGUAGAUAGAUUAAAGUUUAGAGGUCAACAUUUAGAUGGACUUCCUGCCGUUGCUGGGAAGACAAUGACUAGUGGUGGAGCCAUACUUAAUAAGGACGGGAAAUUAAUCGGGUCAUCACUUCAUUUGAGAGCUAACAAUGAAAGUGAAAUCAUAUCAUUUUUAAAGGAUGAUAUCUAUGCAAAGGAAGGAAUUUGGGACUUUGAUAAUUAUCUAAUUCAUGAAUUGAAGGUCGCCUAUAGAGAAGGAAAGGAAAUCUAA